AUGUUUUCUGGAUUUGGUGGAAUUGGAGGUUUCCCUUCUGGCCUUAUGAAUGUUCCUCAGAAUUUUGAGGACUUCUUCAGAUGUUAUCCCAUUGCAAUGAUGAAUGACCGCAUUCGGAAAGACGAUGCGAACUUUGGUGGUAAAAUAUUUUUACCACCAAGUGCGCUGAAUAAACUGACCAUGCUCAACGUCAGAUAUCCUAUGCUGUUCGAAUUAACGGCUUCAGACUCUCAACUAAAAACACACGGUGGUGUUUUGGAGUUUACAGCAGAAGAAGGCCGUGUGUAUCUUCCCCAAUGGAUGAUGGAAUCUCUGAGCGUGAACCCAGGGUCUUUGCUACAAAUAGCUUCCACAGAUUUGCCUCUGGGCCAAUUUGUUAAAAUAGAACCGCAAUCCGUUGAUUUUCUCGACAUUUCAGAUCCAAAAGCCGUGCUGGAGAAUGUGUUGAGGAAAUUCUCUACCCUUAGUGUGGACGAUAUCAUCGAAAUCAACUACAACGAUCAUAUCUAUCGCAUCAAAGUCCUCGAAGUUAAACCCGAUUCUAAUGCUAAAAGUAUUUGUGUGAUAGAGACUGAUUUAGUAACCGAUUUUGCUCCACCCGUUGGCUAUGUGGAACCAGAUUAUAAAGCCCUCCAAAAGAAUGAACGCCCCAAGGUUGAUCCAUCUGCCAGAGGUUUGGGACCCAUGUCAAAGCGAAUAGACUAUGCAGCUGCAGUGAACUCAGGGCAGCUAAGUGAAAGUUCUUUCAGUGGACAGGGCCAGAGCCUGAAAGGUAAGACGGGAGACAGGAACAAAAGUAAGGAUAAAGAUAUCGGUUUACAAGAUAUUAAAAUUGAUAUGAAUGGUCCACCUGCGGCACUGAGUGUUCCGGACGGCGUCUUGUUCUUUGGUUUCCCGAUCGUCCCAAGAAAAGAUGAUGAAGAGCAAGAAUUUGCUCAAGGGGAUUCGAAAGUACACUUUAUAGGUGCUGGCCAAAGCAUAAGGCAAAGCAACAAUAAACGCCGUGGUACCAAAGAUUAUCAAAGUCCUAAAGUGAAGGCGCCGAGAAGUCCUGAAGUAAUAGAAAUAGAUUAG